CUUGGGUCUAUCAGAUUAUUGUGUAAAAUGGGCAUCAUCAAGUUUUAAACUUUAACCAUAUAAAACUCAAAAACAAGUCCAUUUUGAUUGCAUUCCAUCAUUAAAUCACUUGCAUUUCAAGUUUCUUUGAAAUGAGAUUUCAAAGAAAGAUUGGUGCUUUUUGUUUCUUGAUAUGUUUCUUGUGGCUUUUUGAUUAUUCAAAUUGCUUGCUUUCACCUAAAGGUGUAAACUUUGAAGUGCAAGCUUUAAUAAGCAUAAAAGCUUCAUUAUUGGACCCUCAUGGUGUACUUGAAAAUUGGGAUGCUGAUUCUGUUGAUCCAUGUAGCUGGACUAUGGUUACUUGCUCUUCAGAAUCUUUAGUUAUUGGUUUGGGAACACCUAGCCAAAAUUUAUCUGGCACACUUUCACCAAGCAUUGGGAACUUAACCAAUCUUCAAAUUGUAUUGUUGCAGAAUAAUCAUAUUACAGGGCCAAUCCCAGUAGAACUUGGCAAACUUAAGAAACUUCAAACAAUUGAUCUUUCUGAUAACCAUUUCACCAAUGAAAUCCCUUCUUCUUUAGGCCAGUUGACAAGUCUCCAAUACAUGAGGCUCAACAACAAUAGUCUUUCUGGACCAAUUCCACAAUCAGUAGCCAAUAUGACCCAACUUGCCUUUGUGGACUUAUCUUUUAAUAACUUAAGUGGACCAGUUCCCAGGUUUCCUUCCAAGACCUUCAACAUUGUAGGGAAUCCUUUAAUAUGCCAAACAGGAGCUGAAAGAGAAUGCCAUGGAAUAACACUUAUGCCCAUUUCAAUGACUUUAAACACUACUGAUCAAGAUGCUUACACUUUGCCACGACAAAAAAGUCACAAAGUUGCUCUCGCCAUCAGUACAAGCCUUGGAUGCAUCUCUUUGCUCAUCUUUGGCCUCGCGUUAAUUUGGUGGAGGCGAAAACAUAGUCAAGAACCUUUCUUCGAUGUCAAAGACCGGCAUCAUGAGGAAGUUUCGUUAGGAAAUCUACAGAAAUUCCAGUUCAGGGAACUUCAGAUUGCAACACAUAACUUUAGCAAUAAGAACAUAUUAGGGAAAGGAGGUUAUGGGCAUGUCUAUAAAGGGCAACUCAAUGAUGGGACGUACGUAGCAGUGAAGCGCCUUAAAGAUGGUGGUGCCGCCGGAGGAGAAAGACAGUUUCAGACAGAAGUUGAGAUGAUCAGCUUAGCAGUACAUCGGAACCUUCUCAGAUUAUACGGGUUCUGUAUGACUCCAACAGAAAAGCUCUUGGUCUACCCUUAUAUGUCCAAUGGCAGUGUUGCUUCGCGUCUGAAAGCAAAACCGGUCUUAGAUUGGGGAACACGAAAGAAAAUUGCAUUAGGGGCAGCCAGAGGAUUGUUAUAUCUUCAUGAACAAUGUGACCCAAAAGUUAUUCAUAGAGAUGUGAAAGCUGCAAAUAUAUUGCUUGAUGAUUAUUGUGAGGCGGUUGUUGGUGACUUUGGGUUAGCAAAGCUUCUAGACCAUCAAGAUUCUCAUGUUACCACUGCAGUUCGUGGCACAGUCGGCCAUAUAGCACCAGAGUAUCUCUCCACUGGGCAGUCAUCGGAAAAAACUGAUGUUUUUGGAUUUGGAAUCCUUCUCCUUGAACUUAUAACCGGACAACGAGCUUUAGAGUUUGGCAAAGCUGCUAACCAGAAAGGAGCAAUGCUUGAUUGGGUGAAAAAAAUUCAUCAAGAAAAACAAUUAGAUAUUUUAGUUGACAAAGACUUGAAGAGCAAUUAUGAUAGGAUCGAAUUAGAGGAAAUCGUUAAAGUAGCAAUGUUGUGCACACAAUAUCUUCCGGGCCACAGGCCAAAGAUGUCGGAAGUUGUAAGAAUGUUAGAAGGGGAUGGACUUGCAGAGAGAUGGGAAGCUGCACAGGGAGUCGAGUCAAGUUCAAAGUUCCGAACAGGGGAGCUUUCAUCGUCAGAGCGAUACUCAGACCUCACAGAGGACUAUUCCCUGCUUGGACAAGCCAUAGAACUCUCCGGUCCCCGAUAAGUUAGCAUUGAAGUAGAAAUCAAUGGGAAAGAAGGAAGAGAAGAUUAUAUAUAUUUUUUUUACUUUGUAUAUGUUCAAAUUUUCAAAGUGUAGUUGAUUUUGAGUGAGUUAUAGUAUAAUGUAGUUUUUUUUUUAGAUAUAUAGUCAUAAUCUUUUUAAAAGGCA